AUGGCCGCCGACGCGUCGGCGUCGCGCCCGCGCAUCCUGUACUCGGACGCGGGGCCGGAGCCGCCGUACCCGCUGUGCAUGGAGGGCGUCGUGAUCGCGGGCUUCGGGCGCGGGUCGAAGGAGCUCGGCAUCCCGACGGCGAACCUGCCGGUGGACGCGGGCGCGACGCCGUGGAUCGCGAGCGCCAAGUCGGGCGUGUACUUUGGGUACGCGGCUGUCGCGCUGCCCGCGGGGCACCCGGACCGGCCGGCGUCGCCGCGGGCCGCCGCCGCGGUGCGCGAGGAGGACGAGUCUUCUCCGUCCGGGCGCGUGAGCCCCACCGUCGCCCCGCCGUCGCCCCCGCCGCCGCCCCCGCCUGGCACCGCCUGGCAGAUCUACCCCAUGGUCAUGUCCAUCGGCUACAAUCCGUUCUACAAGAACGCGGUCCGCAGCGCCGAGGUCCACGUGCUGCACGCCUUCGCCGCCGACUUCUACGGCGCCCCGCUGCGCCUCCUCCUCCUCGGCUUCGUCCGCGACGAGCGCGACUACGCCUCCCUCGACGCCCUCGUCCGCGACAUCAACGUCGACUGCGACGUCGCCCGCCAGAGCCUCGCCCGCCCCGCCUGGUCCCCCCGCGAGGGCGCCGUCGGCGGCGCCCCCGGCGUCGUCGGCACCUUCGACGGCUCCUGGCUCGUCAGGGACUAG